AUGGCUGAAGGAAAAUCCCUGUCAUCCAAGGAAAUAAUUGCCCUAGAAGAUCAAUAUGGAUGCCGCAAUUACGCGCCGUUAUCCGUUGCGCUGUGUCGAGGACAGGGAAUCUUCGUUUGGGACGUAGAGGGCAAAAAAUAUUUUGACUUUUUAAGCGCAUAUUCAGCGGUAAACCAGGGCCACUGCCAUCCUAGAAUAAUAAAAGCACUCAAGGAUCAGGCUGAUAAAUUGACACUUGUAUCAAGGGCUUUCUACUCGGACCAGCUUGGUAAAUACGAGAAAUUUAUGACCAACCUUCUCGGAUAUGACCGACUAUUGCCGAUGAAUACGGGGGUCGAAGGAGGAGAGAGUGCAUGCAAGAUCGCGAGAAAAUGGGGCUAUGACGUCAAAGGGAUACCAAAAGACCAGGCCAAGAUAAUAUUCGCAGAAGGCAAUUUUUGGGGACGAACGUUAUCAGCUGUUUCGACGUCGUCAGAUCCCACAUGUUUCCAAGGUUUCGGCCCUUACAUGCCCUGCUUCGAACUGGUCCCGUACAACGACAUUCCAGCACUAGAGAAAAAGCUUAAAGACCCAACAGUGGCGGCGUUCAUGGUGGAGCCCAUUCAGGGUGAAGCCGGCGUGAUCAUCCCCGACGACGGUUACUUGAAGAAGGUUCGAGAACUCUGCACCAAGUACAACGUGCUGUGGAUCGCGGACGAGGUGCAGACUGGAUUAGGUCGUACUGGCAAGUUGUUAGCAGUGGAACAUGAAGGAGUAAAACCAGACAUUCUCAUCUUGGGCAAGGCUCUCAGCGGUGGAGUAUUACCUGUUUCAGCAGUCUUAGCUAACAAUAAUGUUAUGGAUGUAAUAAAGCCUGGCACACACGGGUCGACGUACGGCGGGAACCCCCUCGCGUGCGCCGUCGCCACCGAGGCCAUUAAGGUAUUAUUAGAUGAAAAAUUAUGUGAAAAUGCAGAAAGACUAAGUGGAGUUUUCCGCGAGGAGUUGCAGAAGAUCCCCAAGUCGAAGGUGGUAACCAUCCGCGGCAGGGGGCUGAUGUUCGCGAUAGACGUCCACGACAGUAUUCCCGCUUAUGAGGCUUGUCUUCGGCUGAAAGAAGCCGGUAUGCUCGCGAAGCAGACUCACGGGCAGACGAUCCGCCUCGCGCCGCCUUUGGUCAUCACUGAGGAACAAUUGAGACAAGGCGCCCAAAUCAUACAGAAAGUCUUCGCGUCUUAUUGAAAUUAAUAUUUUUACAUUUUACACUAAUAUUUUUAUUUGAAAUAAAUUAUUUAGAAAAAUCAGCACAAUUAUUGGAAUUGUAAUUCGUUUCAUAUUAUUGUAGUUAUGAAUAUAAACUAAUAUAAUUAAUCUCAAACACACUGUAGUCAUUAAUCAAAAUA